CACUUUAUUGGUUGAGAGCGGGCUUCAAGUGUUCUGAUUGGCUGACAGGCGCGGCCCGCAGUCAAUACUUUCUAAUCUGAGAAAAGUAUAAUUACUUUGGAUAUCUUUUUGGGGAUCUCGAGCUCUCCUGACUCGCGGACUCUUCCAGCAGCAGCAGCAGCUCAUUGUGUGACCGAGCGCAGCUCGAGAGGAUGACGGCUCGAGGCUGGUGUCUGGUGAGUGUGCUUGUGUUGUGUCUGUCUGGAUGCUGGAGCACAACAGACGCGGCUUCAGGACCAAACUGCACAGAGGAGGGUCACUGUCCGGCAAAGCUGACGGUCGUGCCGUCCAGUCGAGGAUGUGUUUCUGAUAAAGACUGCUCUGGAGGACACAAAUGCUGUGUUUUUGACUGCGGGGCUGUGUGUGUGCCGCCUGCUUUCACAAAGCCGGGAGUGUGUCCACGCAGGAAAUUUGGAGCAGGGAUGUGUGCUGAGUUCUGUGUCAAUGACAGUGACUGUCCAAACAGUGAGAAAUGCUGCAGCAAUGGAUGUGGACAUGAAUGCACGGCUCCAUAUACAGUGAAGCCGGGUCGAUGUGCUCUCCCGAAGGGGACUCCAAUGUGUGCAGAAUACUGUUAUCAUGAUGGCCAGUGUCCUGCUGAACAGAAGUGUUGCCCAACCACCUGCGGUCAUGCAUGCAGUGAACCGUGCUGAUUUAACCUUAGAAAGAAAGAGUCAAUGGAAGAUUGAUUUAGCAUAA